AUGAGUACUGGUAACCAAACUAUUUCUAAUGUCACCAAUCACCACAGUUUUUCUAGCUCAUGGCUAGAAUUUCUCAGGGAUUUGUUUUUGAGUGCUCCUCAGGACCUCCCUGAAAUCAUUCUAAUAUUGUCUUUGAUCACUACCAUUGGAGCAUUUUUGAACCUGUAUUUGAGAGACUUUCCAAUUCCUCUGCCUGUGAUAUUAUUUUUAUUUGGAUGCUGUUUUGAAAUACUAAGUUUUAUAUCUUUUGAGGUGCAAAGAUAUGCACAGGCCAUACAGUGGAUGAAUCCAGACUUAUUUUUUGGUAUGUUUACACCUGUAAUUAUCUUUAAUGUUGCAUUUGACAUGGAUGUAUACAUGCUUCAAAAGUUAUUGGGUCACAUACUUUUAAUUACAAUUCCUGGCUUUUUGGUUAAUUAUACCUUAAUUAUUUGUUAUCUGGCAUCUGUGAAUAAAUUACUUUUGAAGUCCACCUCAUGGUUAUUAUUUUCAGCUAUCCUUGUGAGUUCAGAUCCCAUGUUGACUGCAGCUGCUAUAAGAGACCUUGGUCUUUCUAGAGACCUCGUCAAUUUAAUUAAUGGAGAAAGUCUGAUGACCUCUGCUAUGUCGUUAAUCACAUUUAGUAGUGUUAUGAAUGUUAACUUAAGACACCAAACGAUGAACCAUACUAUAGCUCGUGGUGUUAUGCAUGGUAUUUGGUCAUAUUUUAUAGCAAGUUUCUUGUUUGGAAUUCUAAGUUCAAAGCUGAUCCAAUUGUGGAUGUCAACUGUUUUUGGUGAUGACGUCAAUCAUAUAAGUCUCAUCUUCUCAAUUCUGUACCUCAUCUUUUAUAUCUGUGAGUUAGUUGGAAUGUCUGGAAUAUAUACUGUGGCUGUUAUGGGACUUUUUUUACAUUCUACAAGUUUUAAACCAGGAGUUGAAGCACUUCUUCUUGAGAGUAACUACGUCUACAUGGUCAAAAUAUUGUUUCAUGGAGUAUUAGUAUGCUUAAUUACCCUGACUGUCAAUAGAUUUAUUUUACCAACGGCAGUAACUAAACUAGGUCUUCGUGAUGUCACAUCAACAAAAUAUAAAUCAGUUUAUUAUACAUUUCAACACUUUCAAGAGCUAACCAAAUCUACAGCUUCCGCACUCAAAUUUGACAAAGAUCUUGCUAAUGCUGACUGGAGCAUGGUUGAGAAAGCAAUUACACUCCAAAACCCAUAUGCUUUGAACCAAGAAGAAACAACAGAACAUCAGAAAGUACGAUGUCCAGACUGUAACAAGGAAAUAGAUGAGACCCUUAACAUUGAAGCAAUGGAGUUGUCCAACAGACGUCUCAUGUCAGCACAAAUAGCAAGCUACCAGAGACAAUACAGGAAUGAGAUUCUGACCCAGAGUGCAGUCCAGGUAUUGGUAGGUGCAGCAGGAAGUGUUGCUGAGAAGACAGGAGAGCAUAUGAGUCCUGAGACAAUAAAGAAUUAUUCUGAAAGCAAAAAAUUGCUAAACAUUAUUAGAAAACUACUGCUCAAUUGGAUAUAUAAUACUAAAAAAAAUAAAGGGAUCCCAUCAAGACAUGGCUUUCUUCGUGUAUUCCAUAAAAUAGUAUUUACUGAUGAAUUUGAAUAUGUUGGAUACCUUGUGAUACUGAUGAAUAUCUUUCCUAUUCUAAUCUCUUGGAUACCCCGAUUAAAUGACAUCUAUGAUCAGGAAUUAAUACAUUCUAACUAUGUUUUUCUCAUGCUUUAUAUUCUAGAGGCCCUAUUUAAGAUAGCAGCAAUGAGGAAGGAUUAUUUUUCAAAUACAUGGAACCUAUUUGAGUUAGCAAUUACAUUAAUUGGCAUCAUAGAUGUAAUACUUAUUCAGACAAACUCCAUUUAUCAUAGUUUUGAUUUUAUUGAAACAGUGGUCUUUAUGAAAGUUGUCCGACUUCUUCGUAUACUGUGCAUUUUGAAGCUCAUAACACCAAAGUUGCUGCAAAUAAUAGAUCAAAAACUGAGUCAUCAGCUGUCCUUUACAUAUGCUAUCCUGAAAGGAUAUGUACAAGGUGAAGCAGACAUAAUGACUAUAAUUGAUCAGAUUGCGAGUACUGAACAAGUUAAACAGGUAUUAUUAAAGCGGGUAGUAAGGAAUAUGGAACAUGCUAUGAAAGAGCUAGGUUACUUAGAGUAUGAUCACCCUGAAAUCGCUGUCACUAUGAAAACGAAGGAGGAGAUUAAUGUCAUGCUCAAUAUGGCUAGAGAAAUUGUAAAGGAUUUCAGGUUAAAAGGGAUUAUUCAUAAAACUGAAGCUGCUGAAAUUAAUAAGUUAAUAAUGGCCAAAAAAAGAGAGGUGCUUGAUUUUCCAACUAUUAUCAGUCCACUUACUGUUGAAGAAACCCUCUAUCAUAUUCCAUGGCUAGAUAAAGACGUAGACCUUAUAAGCUUCAUUGAGAGAGGAGCCAGAGUUGUAACAUUUGAUUGUGGAAAUAGUAUAUAUGAAGAAGGUGAUGAGGCUAGAGGAAUCUAUGUAAUUAUUUCAGGCCUGGUAAAGUUUAAAAGAUCAAAGCCAGGUUUGGAGAGUGACCAAAUACUCUCAGAGUCAGAGGCGAAAGAAUAUCAGAUAAUUUAUACAGAUUAUGUGCUCAGCGGGGAAAUAAUAGGAGAGUUAAACUGCUUAACUAAUGAACCCAUGAAAUACUCUGCCACCUGCGAAACUGUAGUGGAGACAUAUUUUAUUCCCAAAAAUCACUUGUAUAAAGCUUUUGAGCAAUGCUGUCCUCUCAUUGAAUAUAAAAUGUGGCUAAAAAUUGGACUUUCUAUUACUGCCCAAAAAAUCAGGGAACGUUUGUCUUACGAGGAUUGGAACUACAAGAUGCAAUUAAAGCUCUCUAACCUUUAUGUAAAAGAUAUACCAAAGAACACCAAAACUAAUAUCUAUGAUGAAACUGUAAUCUAUGUUAUCCUUAUACAUGGAGCUGUAGAAGAUUGUCAGUUACGAAAAGUUUAUAAGGCACCUUUCUUAAUUCCUAUAACAUGCCAUCAGAUACAAGGAACUGAAGAUUUCACAAAAGUAAUGAUUAUUCAAACUCCGAUUAAUGAGAAAAAAUUCAGAUGGAAUACUAGAAAGUAUGUACCUCCACAUAAAGAUUCUCUUGCUCCAGGAUUGACAGCUUCAAAUGUAAUAUUGAAAGAAUGCAUUCAAGACAAAACAAGUAUUAAGGAGGACAGAGCACACAAUGCUGCCAUUCCCAGGAGUCCCAGUCCUUGCUCACCUGCUAUGUAG